AUGCCUCAGCUCGGACGUGCCGAACCCUCCAUCGUCAAGACACGCACCGGGAGCGUUCUUUCAAGAGGAUUUAUUCUCAAGACGGAUCACUAUCCAUCUGGUCGGGCCCUUGAUCUUGAUCUGAACGUUCACGGGGCACCAAAUUUCAGAGCUCCUCGUCAGGGCAAUUUGAAUGUCUAUGGUGCAGCUCAGCCACGCUCGCAAGGUCUGAGGGCUAUUCUAUCUGUCUUGCGCGCACGACCAAAUAUACCCAACCCGUCCAAUGUCGUGUGGUUUUCUACACGUGAGGAGCCUAUUGUCUACAUCUCUGGCCGCCCCUUCGUACUCCGAGACGCAUCCGAGCCGCGCAAAACAUUGCAUCUGUCCGAUCGUGCCGAAAACCUGGAGGGAAUCGAAAUCAGACUAAAGAAUGAUAUCCUCGCCGAAGCCGCAAGAUAUGGAGGCCUCCUGCUCACACACAACGAAAUCGCCGUGGAAGAUGGUGAUGGUGCUAUACUGCCUACCUGGACUGCUGUGGACGCGAAUAAUGUCAAAACGUCGCGAGAGCUGUGGGAACAUAUGAGGAACGAAGGGUGGCGCGUCGAGUACCAUCGAAUUCCCAUAUCACCAGAUCGCCCAAUCGAGGACAAUUACCUGGAUGCCUACCUCCAAGUCGUCAAGAAAACAGAUCCACUGAAGACAUCUCUCGUUUUCUCGUGUGGUAUGGGGGCCGUACGAACCACAUUUGCUAUGACUGCUGCUUCCCUCGUUCGACGGCGUCAAUUGAUCCUUAGGGGUAUGGAGGAUCCAUAUGGUGCCAAGGGGCUCAGUACACCGUCUAUGAUGAGCACGAGUGGAGCGAACACGCCGUCAAACCCGAACUCAGGAUCCGACAUACGCCGACUUCCUAACGAAGCUAAGAUCGUGCAAGCACUCGAACAAGCCAACGCCCAACAAGAUCUCAACAAGUCCCUCCUCCGCCUGACCUACAUCCUGCAGCAAUGCUCACCUACUAGUUCCUCUCAACGGGUAUUCGACCUUCUUCUCACCAACAGUACCUUGCUGGAGAAUCUCCGGAAAGCGCACAUGGGCAACUACGGCGUCAUCCUCAGUUUGCUGGGUUGUUUGGACCAUGGCUUAAGGGCGAAGAAGCUGGUAGAUCGGGUUAUAGAUUCUUGCGAUCAUGUCGUCAAUCUACGGGAGGACAUUUUGAUUCACAGGAUCAAGUACUCUUUGACGAACAUGGAUGAGGAUAGCAAGGAUGAACUCCUUGGGAAGGCCGUAAAGGCACUUGAGAAGUACUUCUUCAUGAUCGCCUUCAUGAGCUAUGUUGAGUCGCAAGAUGACUUCGAGGAAACUUUCUCUGAUUGGUUAAAGGCCCGAACCGAGAUCUGGAACCAAAUUACUUUCCUCCGCAAAUCUUACGGCUCUCGACUGAACGCAUUCGCCCCUAUCACAGACCUCUCAGCUCUCUCCAAGUCGAGUUCAGAGGUACGGUCCCUUGUACGUAGCCAGAAGAACGAUGUGGCGAUAGCGGGUGGUCAAAUACUUGGUGACGAAUACUCUGAUCACGUCGUAAAGAACCGGAGUGGCAUUAUCCUUCGCGAGAGUACACUCCUAAAAUCCGACCAAUGGCACCGGGAAUCCCAUCAAGUUGCGCACGGCGUGCGUGGCGCGAUCAACUUCCGCAAUAUCCCGAACACGAAGAUCUACGCGCUCGGACAGCCGACAGUCGAAGCGAUCGACGAGGUCGUUGUCCGGGUGAAGGAGGCGCACCCAGAUGCCGACAAGAUUAUCUGGUUAACCCUGAGGGAGGAGCCGAUCGUGUAUGUUAAUGGGGCGCCAUAUUGCUUGAGGAGGGAGAGGUUCUCGUUGCGGAAUAUGAAGGAUUAUGGUGGAAUAUCGUCGUCGAGGCUGGAGGUACUCGAAGAGAGGCUCAGGGAUGACGUCGAGUCUGAACUAUACUCUUUCGGUGGGAAAUUACUCCUGCAUACCGAGACUCCAGAUGGUUCCGUCAUUCCAAUAUGGGAAGAAGUCCGUCCGCAAGACGUCGCAGUCCUCAAAGAAGUCAUGUCGCGCAAGUCCGUGGGCAACGACAUCGCCCUUCACUACUCGCGAAUACCAAUCACUGCCGAGAAACCACCAGAUUUCUCCGAUUUCAGCGAGCUCAUCGACGUUGUUAUGGGCGCCAACAUUACCUCAACGCCGAUUGUGGUCAAUUGUCAGCUGGGAAGGGGUAGAAGCACCUUGACUUCUAUCAUCCUGGUGUUGAUUCAGCAAUGGCUGGAGCAUAACAAACCUCCACAAAGACCAUCCUUGGCCAACUCAACGUAUCCGACUACGGAGAACAUAGUGCUGGACAAGCCCGUUCGAAGACAAUCCUAUGUCAUCAUCAACAAUUUGUUGCGUGUAAUCCGCAAGGGUCCUGCGGUGAAGAAUACUGUUGAUGAGGCGAUUGACCAAUGCGCCGAAGUAUUCAACCUUCGCGACUCGAUCGAGGAAGCAAGGACCAAGGCGGAACAGGCGUCGGACGAGAAGUCGAAGAAGAUGUAUGCACAAAGAGGUCUACAAAACCUCCGUCGAUACUUCGACCUCAUCGUCUUCCAGGCGUAUCUUCAAUCGACAGAGCCAGACACCAUGAGUACUGUUGGCUCAUUCGAGUCGUUCGUAAAGAGUUUGCCAGUUCUGAAGACAUUCGAGAAGGAACUCCUCGCCGAAGGACUGGCUGCUCUCAGUCCUCUUAAUCGUGUCGAUAUAGCAGAGGGCGUGGCUCUCCCAGACGAAGUAACAAAGAUCGUCACCAACCGCUCGGGGAGCAUCCUCUCGGCAUCGACUAUCCUGAAGAGCGAUUUCUUCUCGAAUCUCCAGAAAAUGACACUACCAGAACGAAUCGAUGGAUCACCCAAUUUCAGAAGGGUCCCGUUGAUGCUCCACCCUGUUGCAUCUAGGUCUGGAUCGACCUCCCCGGAUGGCUUCGAGUUUGUGGCUGGAAAUGAGCAGGAUAAUAAAUGGGUGUGCGGAAGUGGGAUGCCGACCGUUCAAGGCCUCCGUCGAGCAUUGGCACGAGUUAACGCAGGACCAGACGGCGCCAACUCGGUCUUUUGGACAUCAUUACGGGAGGAACCUGUCUUGUACAUUGCCGGCCGGCCUCAUGUAUUGCGCCUGGUGAAUCGGCCUCUGGAGAAUGUCGAAGCUACCGGCGUUACGACAUCGCUAGUCGAAGCUAUGGAGAAGAGCUUCAAGAAAGAUGUCCUGCGGGAAGUGCGCGCGGGUGAGGGCCGUAUACUUCUCCAUGACGAGGUGGAAGAGCGACCAAACCAUUUCGCAAUCGUGCCGAUAUGGGAGAACGUCUCGGAGGAGGAUAUCAUGACACCCAGAGACGUGUUCGAGCUCAUGGUGAAAGAGGGUUACAAGAUCGACUAUGGCCGUGUCGCUAUUACCGACGAGCAAGCUCCCCUCCCGGGUGCGCUUUCUCAACUCCUCGACCGCGUCUUGUCAGGCCUCGAUCAGGCGGGCGACUUCGUCUUCAACUGCCAGAUGGGAAGAGGCCGAACAACAACGGGCAUGGUCAGUGCUUGCCUCAUCGCAACCGUCAUGACCUGGGAUCAGCAUACUCGUGACACCGAUGAGGCCGAAGAUGGGAAUGAGAGCCCACCCGAGGAAUACGAUGCCAUCGAUGGGCCUUCUGAAGAAGAGGCAUAUCUUCAAGGGGAGUACAAGAUCAUCCUUCAGCUCGUCGGGGUUCUAUCGCAUGGCAAGAUCGCGAAGAGAAUGACGGACAAAGCUAUUGACCAGAUGCAGGAUGUGCAGAAUUUGCGCAAGGCCAUCUACGACAACAAACUGAAAGUUGAAGCCUGCGAGAAAGGGUCAUCAAAACACCGGAAGCUCUUCACCCUUGCGGUGAACUAUUUGUAUCGAUAUGCGACACUCAUCGUCUUCGCGAACUACCUCUUGGACAAACGCGAACACAGGGAAGGCGACGUAUCAUUCCCCGAGUGGCUGUCCGAACACAGGGAGAUCACAAAACUUCUAGGUCGACAGUCGUUGGAUUGA